UUAGUUUAAGAAUCAGCAUUGAUCAAAAUGGAAAUCAGCUAUUUGUUUGCAACUCUAGUGCUGGUAGUUUUCUGCUCCAUCACUCAUGGAGCGGAUUACUGUUCUGAUGAGUUCCAAAAGAUCUGCGAAAAUAAAGAACACAUUGGAUGCAAUCCGAAGAGUUUCUCCCAAUAUCCCAACUGUCACAACAAGAACCCCAAGCUGAUGCGCAUCACACCCGGUUUGAAGAAGUACCUGCUCUGCAAGCACAACAUGUACCGGGAUCUGCUGGCGGGAGGAACCAUGCAAUCGAGGAACGGCGUUUUUCCAAGUGCCCAGAAUAUGUCGGUUUUGCAAUGGGACGAUGAAUUGGCUGCCUUGGCCGAGCAUAACGUAAAACAAUGCGAAAUGGAGCAUGACCAAUGCCGGAGGACAGUCAAGUUUAAAGCGGCCGGUCAAAAUAUUGCGUACGAUUCGUGGAGUGAGAAGCGUCCGGAUAAGAAGAAGAUUAUCCGGGAAGCCGUUUUUGCGUGGUGGAACGAACAUCAGGAUUUUCAGCACCACGAGGUGGACAAAUACGUGGGAUCGAGUUCGGGUGUACUACACUUUACCGCCAUGGCGUUGGACUAUCAGACGCAUGUGGGCUGUGCCAUUUCCGAGUACGAUUACAGCGGUGGGGACACCCUGCUGAUCACCUGUAACUAUUCGUCCUGGACCUGGAUGGAGCAACCAAUCUACAAGAAGGGAUCGCCCUGUGCCGAUUGUGGUGGACAGUGUGACGCCAAGUACAAGCAUCUUUGUCCUGCAAAAAGAUAGAGAGUAUCUUUAGCUUUCCCAAAAGCUUUAAAAAUAAAAUUAAUCGCUAAUUAAGCCCCUUGACCUCUUACCCGAAUUACACAGAA